AUGACUGGAAGAGCAAGAGCUCGGUCGAGGGGACGAGCCCGCGGACAGGAGACCGGGCCUCCGGGGGUGCCCCCGUCCGAGGAGUCUGCGCGGCCAGCUCAACCGCAGCCUGAGAGCGAGCUUGUGGGGCGAGGCCGGCAGAAAACGGCACCUGGUGCAGUGUCAAAGGAAGCUGUCCUUCAGAUUUCUGCUGGCUUCCAGCAAGUGAAGAUUGGAGAACGAGGUGGGCGUCGCCGUGACUUUCACGAUGCGGGAAUUAACACCAGGCAGGCCAUGGAACACGUCAAGGAGUCAAAGACCGGUGUCUCGGGGUCUCCCAUCGAGCUGCGGGCGAACUUUUUCCGCAUCGUGUCCCGGCCCCAGUGGGUGCUCUACCAGUACCACGUGGACUUCAACCCCCCGAUGGAGUCGCGCCGUCUGCGCUCGGCACUCCUGUUCAUGCAUGAGGAGACGCUGGGCACGGCGCGUACCUUCGACGGGGCCAUCCUCUUCCUCCCGAUCAGACUCCACAACACGGAGACCGUGCUGCACAGCGAGACCAGGCACGGCGAGAAGGUGCAGAUCACCGUCACUCUGACCAACGAGCUGCCCCCCACCUCGCCCGUGUGCCUGCAGUUCUACAACAUCAUCUUCAGAAGGGUGCUGCGGAUGCUGAACAUGCAGCAGAUCGGCCGCCAUUACUACAACCCCAACGACCCCCUCAACAUCCCCCAGCACAGGCUGACCAUCUGGCCGGGCUUCACCACCACGAUCCUGCAGUACGAGUCGAGCAUCAUGCUGUGCACGGACGUGAGCCACAAGGUGCUGCGCAGCGAGACGGUGCUCAGCCUCAUGUCCAGCCUGCGGCAGCAGUGCGGCGACGAGCGCUUCGCCGAGGUCUGCACCAAGGAGCUGGUCGGGCUCAUCGUGCUCACCAAGUACAACAAUAAAACAUACCGAAUUGAUGACAUUGCAUGGGACCAUACCCCAAAUAACACCUUCAAGAGAGGAGACACCGAGAUCUCCUUCAGGAAUUACUACAAGACACAAUAUGGUCUAGACAUCACUGAUGGUAACCAGGCACUACUUAUCAGCUACGUCAAGAAAAGGGGGCCCGCUGGAGCUCCGCCCCCUGGACCGGCCUUGCUUGUACCGGAGUUAUGCUACCUAACAGGACUGACGGACAAAAUGCACAGCGACUUCAGCAUCAUGAGGGACCUUUCGUCCCACACCAGACUGACCCCAGAACAGCGGGAGAGCCGACUCAACAGAUUCAUCAGCAGCAUCCAUAAGAACCCGGAAGCUCAGGCGGAGCUGAACACCUGGGGCCUGAACUUUGACAACAAGCUGGUCAGCGUGAAGGCCCGGGUGCUGCCUGCGGAAAGGAUUGUGCAGGGUCAGAGGACGUUUGAGUAUAACCCGUGGGCUGCCGACUGGUCCAAGGAGAUGAGGGGACUGCCUCUGAUCAGAAGUCUUCCCCUGGAGAAUUGGCUGAUGUUCUACACCCGACGCAACGGCGACAUGGCCCAGUCCCUGCUGCAGACGCUGGGCAGAGUGUCCCAGCCUCUGGGCAUCAGGAUGCAGAGGGCUGUCAUGAUUGAGUAUGAAGACAGGCAGGACUCUCUGCUGAGGGCCCUGCAGCACAACGUAGGCCCAGGCACUCGGAUGGUGGUGGUCAUUCUCCCCACCAACCGCAAAGACAAGUACGACUGUGUGAAGAAGUACCUGUGCGUGGAGUGUCCGACGCCCAGCCAGUGCGUGGUGGCUCGCACCCUGAGCCGGCCCCAGGCCCUCAUGACCAUCGCCACCAAGAUCGCCCUGCAAAUGAACUGCAAGAUGGGGGGCGAGCUGUGGAGUGUGGAGAUCCCGCUCAAGCACCUGAUGAUCGUGGGGAUCGACUGCUACCACGACACGUCUGCCGGAAAGAGGUCCAUCGGUGCCCUGGUGGCCAGCCUGAACCAGGGCAUGUCAAGAUGGUUCUCCAGGUGCGUGUUGCAGGACCGUGGGCAGGAGAUCAUGGACGGCCUGAAGGUGGCGCUGCAGGACGCUCUGAAGGCCUGGCUCAAGUACAACAACUGCCUGCCGGCCCGGAUCAUCAUGUACAGAGACGGCGUGGGGGACGGCAUGCUGCAGACUGUGGUCAGCUACGAGGUCCCGCAGAUUAUGGAAUGCCUCAGGGCCCUGGGGCAAGACUACAUGCCUAAGCUCUCGGUGGUGGUUGUGAAGAAGCGGAUCAGCACCAGGUUCUUUGCGCGGAUCGAUGGGAAGCUGGCGAACCCGCCUCCCGGCACGGUCAUCGACACGGAGGUCACGCGCCCCGAGUGGUACGACUUCUUCAUCGUCAGCCAGGCCGUUCGCCUGGGAAGCGUCGCCCCCACUCACUACAACGUGGUGUUUGACAGCAACGGCCUGAAGCCAGACCACAUGCAGCGCCUCACCUACAAGCUUUGCCACAUGUACUACAACUGGCAGGGGAUUAUCCGAGUACCCGCGCCCUGCCAGUACGCCCACAAGCUGGCCUUCCUCGUGGGCCAGAGCAUCCACAGGAGCCCUAACAUGAACCUGGAUGACUUCCUCUACUACCUGUGA